AUGGCUGAGAGAUCAAACACAGGCAAUCGCGUCUUCCCAGGCAGUGCCGCAGGGACAUACAUUCACGACACCCAGUCAGGGUUCACCAUCAACAUGGAACCCUCCCUGUGUCAAGAGAAUGAAGACUUUACACAUCAAUGGCAGAGCAUUCUCAAAGACACCUCUAGUCGAUUAAUGGUACUACUACUACGCAACCUAGAUGAAACCAUUCACCAAUUCGAGAUGGACCUUGAGACAGCAAAGGCGAAUCUACAAACGUCUCACAAGACCCCCGACGUAGAGGCUCCAGCCGGGGAGGACCUACCCAGAAACAACCCCAAGAGCAACAGCCAAAAAACGUCAGAGGAACCACCGCAGGAAGAGGCAGAAGACCAAGGUCAACCUCCAGAAACACAACCAGGACAUUGCAACAAAGAGACCAAGCAAGCAACAACAUCAGCCCACAAUGACCACGACAAAGUCAAAGACAAGGGAACAAUCUCAGUCAGCAAGGGCCUUAACUUUUGUCCUGCCCCACCUACCUAUGACAACUACCAACUAAACCAAGACUUUGAGGAAUACUUUCGUAGAAUCAGACUCAAAGAAUUCUUUGCCCAGACAGAACCAGAUUGGCAAGACCCACUCCAGACUGACCUGGGAUUCAGACUUAAAUCUUCUUGGACCCCACCCCCUGUCGGCAAUGCCAACCUUGAAACAUACAUUGCGACCACAUCCAUGACCCUUAAUAAAGCCAAAGCUAAUAAACACAGAGACAACAUUAGCAAGGAAGAGAGGAACGCACUCCAAUCCCUACGUAACAAUCAAGAGAUCACCAUCAAACGAGCUGAUAAAGGUGGGGCCACAGUAAUACUUAAUACUAAAGAUUACAUUAGUGAAUGUGAAAGACAACUCACAGACACCAACUUCUACUCUAAACAAGACACCAACCUCACCAAAAGACAUGAACUCAUGACUCAACACCUAGUGGAUCACAUGAAAGAUAAAAACAUCAUUGAUGAAAAGACCUACAAAUUCCUAUAUCCAUCAAACUCAAGAACCCCAAACUUCUACUGUCUCCCCAAGAUUCACAAAAAGGGUAACCCCGGGAGACCAAUCGUCUCUGGCAACAAUAGUUGCACUGAGAACUUAUCCAAAUAUGUUGAUUCCCACCUUAGACCAUUGGUGGAAACCCUAUCUACAUACAUCAGAGACACAGCCGAUUUCCUCAACAAACUUAAAGAAAUCAAACUAGAUCCACAAGAACAUCAAAAACAUAAACCACUAUUGGUCACACUUGAUGUUAAAUCACUGUACACCAACAUCCCACACAAUGAAGGCCUAGCAGCCAUGGGCAACUACCUGGAUAAACGCACUAAGAAAUCAGUCCCUACGGGCAUACUAGUACAAGCAGCUGAACUGAUACUCAAAACCAAAAGGCAUAACAUUCAAUGA